GCCAGAACCGACGCCGAGCGCGGAGCGGAGUUGCCGGCGGGUUUCCCCGUGCAGUGAGCGGCCCGGAUCCGGGGAAAGUGUGGGAAUUAAUCCAGAAAAGAGGCGCACGAAUCGAGGGUUCCUGCCGCCGGCCGUCGGACAUCGCACCAACUCGUGGAGUUUUUCUACAGCCGGACAUCGGCCACUUCGGGAUCACGCAGUUAGCGUUAGCAUUCUGCGUGAAGUAGCUCGCAGCUGGCUGCUCCUGCUGGGGGUUAACGAUCGACAUUAGCGUUGCUGUUAGUUUGACCUAACAUUACCUACUUAGCAUCAAACCAUUAGCGUAACUGCUGAGUGCACGAGUUGGGCUUGUUGACGUUAGCUGGCAUCAUGGAGCGCAGCAGCUGGAGCGGCAGCGAGAGUGGCGGGGAGGACAUGGACCGACUGAGCGACUCAGGAGGGGACAAGACCAUGGACGGGGACCCGGAGGGGGUCUGGAGCCCCGACAUCGAGCAGAGCUUCCAGGAGGCCCUGGCCAUCUACCCGCCCUGCGGGAGGAGGAAGAUUAUACUGUCGGACGAGGGAAAGAUGUACGGCCGAAACGAGCUGAUCGCCAGGUACAUCAAACUGAGAACAGGGAAGACGCGGACGAGGAAACAGGUAUCCAGUCAUAUCCAGGUCCUAGCGAGACGGAAAUCCAGAGACUUUCAGUCCAAACUAAAGGACCAGGGCUCCAAGGACAAAGCUCUGCAGAGCAUCUCCUCCAUGUCCUCGGCCCAGAUCGUCUCCGCCACCGCCAUCCACAGCAAACUGCUGCCUGGACUGGUACGAGCCGGCUUCCCCGGAAACGCACAGCUGUGGCAGGGGAUGAUUCCUGGGGGACAGUCCAGCUCAGCCUCAGAAGACAUCAAGCCGUUCUCUCAGCAGGCCUACAAUGUGCAGACAGCGGGGACCACCACCAUCACAGCCUACGAGCCCCCUACUACCCAAUCGCACAGAGAGCCGGCGUGGCAGGGUCGCUCCAUCGGCAACAAACUACGACUGGUGGAGUUCUCAUCUUUCCUGGAGACACAGAGGGACCAAGAGGCUUACAACAAGCACCUGUUUGUCCAGAUCAGCCAGAGCAGCCCGACCUACAGCGACCCGAUGCUGGAGUGUGUGGACAUCAGGCAGAUCUACGACAAGUUCCCCGAGAAGAAGGGCGGCCUGAAGGAGCUGUUCAGCAAGGGCCCGCAGAACGCCUUCUACCUGAUCAAGUUCUGGGCGGACCUGAACUACAGCGUGCAGGACGACCCUGCGGCUUUCUACGGCGUCAGCAGCCAGUACGAGAGCUCGGAGAACAUGACCAUCACCUGCUCCACCAAGGUCUGCUCCUUCGGCAAGCAGGUGGUGGAGAAGGUGGAGACGGAGUACGCCAGGUUUGAGAACGGACGCUUCGUCUACAGGAUCAGUCGCUCGCCCAUGUGUGAAUACAUGAUCAACUUCAUCCACAAGCUCAAACACCUGCCGGAGAAAUACAUGAUGAACAGUGUGUUGGAGAACUUCACUAUUCUGCUGGUGGUGAGCAACAGAGACACUCAGGAGACCUUGCUGUGUAUGGCGUGUGUGUUCGAGGUGUCCAACAAUGAACACGGAGCACAGCACCACAUCUAUCGACUCGUCAAGGAUUAACACACUUGUAGACACAGAGGAGACACACACACACACACACACACACACACACACACACACACACAGACACACACACAUAAGGCCUUUGUUUGGGCGAUUAACGGCGUCUCUCAGCCUUCGACUCUAAAUGGCUGCACGCUCACUGAGGCUUCUGGGAGAAUCCUGACAAAGGGAUGGUUUCUUAAUUAUCGUUUUGUGCUGCAGAAUAUUCCCCCGACAGGAGCGUCUUCACACGAGAUAUUAACUCGGACGGGAAAUUAGACGCUCGUUAGCCGAGAGGAAAAAAAGCACAGUGACAGUGCAGCCAUGGAAACACAUUCAAAUCGACCUGGGCUCUUCUUUUUUUUUUCCUCCCCAAGAACAUCCUGACUCAGAUUUCAUCAGGAGAUGUCACGUCUCCUGCUAAUUGGCUCCCGACCACACUCCCCCCUCCUCUCUCUCUCUCUCUCUCUCUCUCUCUCUCCGCCCUCCUGUGGAAGAAGUGUGUGUGUGUUAUCAGCCGGAGUAUCGACGCACACUGAAGGUCCGACCCUGUGCAUCAUCGAUACACAACUAGUCACAGCUCAGAGUCGUGUGAAGCUGCGUUCUUGCACAAAACUUAAAAAAUAGGUUUUUUUUCUCCCAAAGAAAAGAAAAAGAUAAAAUCAAAUUUCUACCUUUUGUAUGUUUUCUUUAAAAAAAACAAAAACAAGAAUAACUUCUAACCUUUGGGUAAAGUGUGUAUCGAUAGUAGCAUAGAGACUAUAUUUUAAAUCCAGGAUCACUAUCUAAAAACUUUAUGUCAAUAAGAAGUGAAAUAUAAGUGAAAUUCAGGUAUUUGUGCAACAGGUGACGAGAGAUGAAUAAAAUAAGUAAAUGAAUAAAUGAGUCACGACCCUGUUGAAGUUAUAAUCCUCAAGAUUCACGUCCCGGUCGAUUUUAGCGGAUGACGACAAGCGCAUCGUGUUUCUGUGACCUUUUCUUUCCUCAAGCAGGAAAACGAGUGUUAGCGUUAGCACUCACUUACUUACAUCUCUACAGUUAUAUAUAAAUUAUUACGUUAACAUUUGAUCACGUGUACGAUUUGUUUCCCCGUGACGCUACUUGAGCCACAUACGUGUUUUGAGGAUUAUAACUUUGAGUACUUUGUGUUCAGUCCAUGUGAGAAACACUGUGACUCUAACGUCCUUCCUGGUGUUCGAGGAAACGUUUGUUUAAAAUUAAACCUGUCAUCCUCAAAUUUCACUUAGUUCAGAAUUCUUCUACCAGCUAAACUCGAGCUUUAACACCACACGGGCUGGAAAUGAGGACGGACACCUCGUCUCUGCUUCCUCCUGUUGUCCUGAGAAGAAGCUGAGACGCUCGAACCCGGGACGUGGAGCCGUCGAGUGGCAGCGAGGGGAUGAGCGCCCUCGACCAAUCACGAGUCAGUCUCAUGAACAUGGAAUCUUGUCUGAUAAGAUCUUUGAGAAACAUUUAUUUGACAUGAACUUUGACCUUUGGAAUUUGGUCCAUGCCCCAUCUGCUGACCUGGAGGACGAACGGCCUGUGCCGUAGCCAGCCAGCCACCAGGGGGCGAUGGAAACAAACCAGCAACGCUUUGGCUUCACCUGCUGGGAGUCGUCUUGUCAUCCAUCUUUUUAUCCAGUGUGUGAUUUCGUCCAUGUCCCGUCUGCUAACACCGAGGAGGCAGGAGGUUUUUGACCUGUACUCCAGGCAGCCACCAGGGGGUGAUCAAGUCAUGUCGUCCAUCUUUAUGUACAGUCACACUGACGCAGGUGUUGGAGACUGAAAUGUUGUUACGUCCAUAUUUAAAUCGAAGGUUGUCCUGUCGUCCGCGUCAGGACUCGUCCAGUGUUCGAUUCCCGCUCUCGAGGACUUUAUUGUUUUUGAGGACACGGUCCCUUUAAUCAGCGGAGGACUGGUUUCCUCCUCGUCCACGACGCCACGUCAGCAUAAAAGUAAUUUAUGAAACACAAACCAAAAACCCUGUAGGUGGAAGCGUAGCAGGUGUCAGUGCCUUCGGUCGGGAACACGUUUCUCACUCCUGAUGAGUUGUCGUCGUAGAAGAAGAUUUCAGUGAAUAAUCAGAAUCACGUAGUUUCGGGAUCGCACGCUGUCUCCGUCCGAAACCGUCUGAACGUCACUGAGCCUCGUUCCUGUUCACGACAUUUAGCCUGUUUACG